GAGUACUUUGACCAAGCUCAUGACCUGGUUAUCGAGGAGCCAGAGCUGAGACAGGUGGCCUAUGUCUUCGGCUGCAGCAACUCUACUCUACAGAUAAAAGGAAAGAUCAACUCCAUCAUUGUGGAUAACUGUAAGAAGCUUGGUCUGGUGUUUGACAACGUUGUUGGCAUUAUGGAAGUCAUCAACUCUAAAGACAUUAAGUUGCAGGUGAUGGGUAGAGUUCCCACCAUCUCUAUCAACAAGACAGAGGGCUGCCAAGUCUACCUGAGUAAGGACGCUCUGGACUGUGAGAUUAUCAGCGCCAAGAGCUCUGAAAUGAACAUCCUGGUACCGCAGGACGACGACUAUAGGGAGUUCCCAGUUCCUGAGCAGUUCAAGACGGUUUGGGACGGGUCCAAACUGGUGACAGAACCCACAGAGAUCGCUGGCUGAUCGCUGAUACUUUCUCGUCCUCAUCAUCUCUCUCACACCCCCACUUAUUCCUCUUCCUCUCCUCCCUUUUCCCUCUACGUCAAAGAUUUCACAAACCCAUAUAGGCUGGCUAUUACAAGUAAUAAAAGGACAAGCCAGACACUGUAACUGACUAGCUAGUAGUACUGUAGGUUGAUUGUAAGCCUGGUUGUAUCCAUUAAGAUGACUUGUUAUUGUUUUUUUCUCAGCACUUUGAAAUGGUAGAUUGUUAUGGAACUGUUUGUUCAGCUUAUUGGUCGCACAGCACUCAUCCACAAAACUACUGUACUAUCUACAGAAUUAUGGUAGGUCUACUAUUUAAACACGCAGGUAGUAUUUGUCAGGUUUCGUCAUGUGUAGAACUAGUUAAACUUGCAAACUAGUUAAAAAGUUGCAUUCAAAUUUGGAAUAAAGAGGAAGUGUAGCCAUUAUGUUAAAUCUGCUGGUGCAAAAUAAGGUAUCUCUUAAACUAAGUAUCACACUUACAUGUGUGUGCCAUAGCAAUAAAAUCAUGUGUACAUAUGGGUACAAUAUAAUUACAUAUUUUCAAAUUUAAAGCAGAAAAUGCAACCCUGAUAAGACAAACUGUAUUAAGAUGCAUUAUGGAGGUGCAUUUUGAUUGGAGAGAACCUUCAGAUUCAGUCCUCCUUGGCAUUGUCAUGUUGUUUUGUGCACUGUUGUGGUGAUUUUAUUGGAUUGAGGCAGAAAGUAUUGAGAAAUGAGGUCAAGCGUUGACUUUGGAUUUGUAUGAGAAGAAGGAUGAAGAGAAUGUCCCACGGAUGGAAUUGAACAGCCAGUUGGAGUAUGUUCCACAGGAUGUCCUAGCAUACACUGUUUUGGUUUGCUGUAAUACUCUACUAUACUCAACUAUUCACAUCUAGCUGUCGACUCAACGGUUGUAUCAUGUUUAUAUUGCAUGAUAGAGUUGUAAAUGUAUUUUUUAUACUACACUGAACAAAAACAUAAAUGCAACAUGCAACUA